GCAAGCUCAAUGUAUUCUAGACGAGGCCGUGGAAAUGUCACCGUCUCUGGCGGAGUGAUUCGGCUCCAAAUAGCCAUCAAGGGCUCAAAUGAGUCAACAAAGACACACUACACAAAGACAGUCAUGACAAGUAUGCUCCUGUGACUCGACGUGACAUUUCUUGAUCCUGGUCCAGAGUCAUUCAGACAUAUUUAUAGUCAAGCCUCGUGUCCAUGCGAGGGAGAGUGGGUGAUCAGGCUGCGUAACAACACGACUUCAUCUGACCUGCGCAGAGGGCGAAGUGCAAGUGGCUGGCCAGCGAGUGAAGCGGGGCAACGCCUAAAGUGCCUGCCUGCGACGCCUCGUUCUCCGUCCCUCUCAAUCUGUCACUCAUCUCUCACUCACUCACCGACCAACCUCUCCAUUCCCACCUCAUCGAACCCUACAUCCAAUUCUCAAUCGACCACCUCCACGAGACACCACCAACCCUAGAAUCCCAUCCAGAACGAGCCAGCACUGAUAAUUUCUUCACCAUGCGUUCCAAAUUCAAGGAUGAGCACCCCUUCGAGAAGCGCAAGGCAGAAGCCGAACGCAUUCGUCAGAAAUACACCGACCGCAUCCCCGUCAUCUGCGAGAAGGUCGAAAAGUCCGACAUUGCUACCAUCGACAAGAAGAAGUACCUCGUCCCCGCCGACCUCACCGUAGGCCAGUUCGUCUACGUUAUCCGCAAGCGCAUCAAGCUCAGCCCAGAGAAAGCCAUCUUCAUCUUCGUCGAUGAGGUACUGCCUCCCACGGCCGCUCUCAUGAGUAGCAUCUACGAAGAGCACAAGGAUGAAGACGGGUUCCUGUACAUCACAUACUCGGGCGAAAACACCUUUGGUGAAUUCUGAGCGAGGAAACCACCUGAGCGAAGAUCAAUCGCGCGAGGUCGGGACCACAAGGCACGGUUGUACUCGAUCGGAUGGGCAGGCUCGUCAUGCGUUUGACCUGACGAUGGCGUUUGGACUAUACUUUUUUCCCUUUCAGCACGACCAAACAUAAAGAAAUGAGAAAUGACACCAUGGAAGAGUCUACAAGUUACACGUGGGUGGUUGAGGUGUUGGUAGCUGGUCGUGGUUGUAUGCGUGUUCUUCAUUUGCGAAAUACCCAGAUCAGUGUCUUGACAUUGUCUUCCCUUCCAACAUGUCAAUGCCCUCCCCCUUCGCCAGUGCGAUCCAAUGUACCCAGCCUAGCGUCUUGAUUUGGCAUGCAUGAGAGCAGCGGUGACAAGAUGUUUGCUGCCUAUCCUCGGGCUUCCGUCGCCAGGUCGCCUUCCCUAUACCCAGGUCCGAGGUCGAGGCAACGGCGAGAUACGUGACAUGCUUACCUCGGUGGUCCUGUUCCAUAGUCCCGAAUCCAAACAACGCCUUGUCUCAAGCAAACCAAGGUCCAUUUCGUUUGUUGUCCCCUUGGGUUCGAUAUCGUAUCUUCCAUCAGGCACCCAUGGGAUGACGUCACCUCUGAUAAUGUGACUCUCGGAGGAUGAGUGAUGAGAUCCAAGGCAUGGCCCCGUCCCUUUUGGGAUACAAACACGAACAUAUUGUUUUUGGUGAGUCUUUCGUGUAUCGCGGUUUGAGGCCAAAUCCCAAGGCGGCGCAUGAAGCGAU